AUGGAUGCUGGAAAUGUUUUGAAGGCCCCGAUCAACAUAAACGAUUUGCUAAACGGUGGAGCCGAAUUCCAAAUCGAUACCGAUUUCAAUGACCAUGAGGGCGACGACUACUUCAUAGAAGACGAUUAUGGCAGUGCGGACGAGGAUGAGGACAAAUACAAACAGUUCCUAACUCCCUGGGACCGUACCUUCGAGGAGUUGCGCCAGGAGAUGGAAUUAGUUAGCGAACACAUCUAUAAACGCAUUACGAAGGCGGGGGUCGGCGAGGAACUGCCGGACAAUACACAGGUGACAGUUGACUACAAUGCGUUCUUCGAGAAGGAGAUGAAGCCCUUCGAUUCCUCGACAUUGCGUGACAAACCGUUGCGGUUGGUGCUUGGAUCGCACAGUGUGCUGCCCGGUUUUGAGGAAGCUAUAAGGACGAUGCGUGUUAGCGAGGAAGCACAGUUUCUGAUCUCGUACCAGCUGCUGUACGGUGAGGUCGGAUGUCCACCGCGCAUUAAACCGAAGGCGGAUGCGUUGUUUGUUAUCAGAAUAACUAGCGCCAGUCCUGUCGUCGAUGGCGAUGCUUUAUCGAAGCUGAACGAAACCGAACGUCGAUCGUACCAAAUGGUAAAGGACAGGGUGAUACAAAUCCGACAAUACGCCAAGGACUGUUUUAAGCGCAAUUUGAUACCCAAAGCGAUCGCGAAAUAUCUGGAAGCGGUCAAUACGCUGCAGUUGUGCCACUUGAAGGACGAAACUGAACAGGAAGAGCAACAAAAAACGCUAAUCGCACUCUACACAAGCCUGGCUGUGUGCUACAAUCGCCGCGACCAGCCCAAAGAUGCCUGCCGCAUGGUGAACGCAAUGCGUAAUCUGUGUGACGUUAACAAAAACGCGAAAAUCCUAUAUCAAGAGGGAAAAGCGUUGAUGAAAAUCGGAGAAUAUGACCGUUCGCGCAAAUGUCUGUUGGGAGCACAGAAACUGGAACCGCAGGAUGAAAACAUUCAGCGAACUUUGAAGGAGCUGAACGAAUGUUCGUCAAAGCAUCAGAUCGAGGAGAAAAAAAUCUGGACGCGUGCUUUCGGAUUGGUAAAUUCCAAGGGGGAAAACGACACUGCGGAGGAGACCACGCUGCUAGAGGAUAUAAGGAAGUCGAUGCAAGUGUUUCUGGAGGAUGAAAAGUGUAACACACUGUCUCUACCUGACCAUUUCUCUGAGAAGGAGGUGCUGAUUUUGGAGCGAUUGGCCGACGAAUUCAAUCUGAAACUUAAUAUUCAGAUGAAUAACAACAAAAAACAUUAUAAAUUCCAAAAGUAA